GCUUGCAGCUCAAACCUUGCCUCUGCAGUGAGAGUGGCGUCUGCGUGCUGCACCUCUGUCAGCUAACAACACACAAAGGCUGAACUUUUUGGGGGACUCUCUCUCAAACACACUCGGUGAUAACUUCGAGUUACAGCCUCCAAUUUGACGGAGUAACGCCAAAAGCGACCAGAAACUCUUCUUUUGAAGCCUACGCACACGAAAAAAACUCCACUGCAACCAUGUUUGAGGCUCGCCUGGUCCAGGGAUCCAUCCUGAAGAAGGUGCUGGAGGCUCUGAAGGAUCUGAUCACAGAAGCCUGCUGGGAUGUCAGCUCGUCCGGCAUCUCCCUGCAGAGCAUGGACUCCUCUCACGUCUCCCUGGUACAGCUCACCCUGCGGCACGAUGGCUUCGACUCGUACCGGUGCGACAGAAACCUCGCCAUGGGAGUCAACCUCAGCAGUAUGUCAAAAAUCCUGAAGUGUGCAGGAAACGAGGACAUCAUCACCCUCAGAGCAGAAGACAAUGCAGACACUCUCGCCCUUGUGUUUGAGACACUCAACCAGGAGAAAGUCUCAGAUUAUGAGAUGAAAUUGAUGGACCUGGAUGUGGAGCAGCUGGGUAUUCCAGAGCAGGAGUACAGCUGUGUGGUGAAGAUGCCCUCAGGGGAGUUUGCCCGUAUCUGCCGUGACCUGUCCCAGAUCGGUGACGCCGUCAUGAUCUCCUGCGCCAAGGACGGAGUCAAAUUCUCUGCCUCAGGAGAGCUGGGAACAGGAAACAUCAAGCUGUCCCAGACCAGCAACGUAGACAAAGAGGACGAGGCGGUUACUAUUGAGAUGAAUGAACCCGUCCAGCUGAUCUUUGCCCUCAACUACCUGAACUUCUUCACCAAGGCCACGCCACUGUCCAAGACAGUCACCCUCAGCAUGUCUGCUGACAUCCCCCUCGUGGUGGAGUACAAGAUUGCUGACAUGGGACACAUCAAAUACUACUUGGCACCGAAAAUCGAUGAAGAGGCUUCCUAAGUUGUUUCUAAAAGCCCAAAAGGAAGAAUAGAGAAAAGCAGGUGACUGGGACUUGUCCUGAGCGAUUGAAGGGCUGAAGUGAUCUCAUGGUGGUGGAUCAUCACUCUGUUUGAGGUCUCUGAUCUCCUCCUGUCUAAUGAGACAUUAACAGCAGGGAGGUUUAGUGUCAACUUUUUAUAAACAGUCAGCUGUCAGCCGUAUGAAUGAUGCCAUCUGUGUGAUGUGAUAAAGCUUCAGUGCUUUGACUCUGAACAGGUGUUGAGAGCAGCUCGUCGUGCUCCUGACAGUCCCGUGUUAAUUCAGCACUUGUUGACUCCCCUUUUGUGUCUCUCUCUCUCUAUUUUUGCCCAUUUUGGGAAAGCCGAUUUCAAGUAUCCCAUUCCUUGUUGUAGAUAACACAUUUGUAAAUACUUUCUGUGGUUUUCGCACUGUCAGGUCAACCCCAAAUGUUUUUGUAUUCAUUGAUUCAGUCCAAAAUAAAUGAUUCAAGUUGUUUCCAAUA